AUGACUGAGCUUCUUCGUAACCGAGAGAAAAUGGAAAAGACUCGGUCAGAGAUCAAUAAAUUCAUGAAAAAUAAGAAGGGAUUUGUACAAGAAACAUAUAUCUCUCAACUUCCUUACUUGCAAGCAGUUAUCAAAGAAACUCUUCGGUUGCAUCCACCUAUUCCUCUUCUUGUUCCCCACCAAGCCAUACAAGAAGUACAAGUCAAUAGUUUCAUCGUGCCUAAAAAUGCACAAAUCCUCUGCAAUGUGUGGGCAAUGGGGCGUGAUCACAAUAUUUGGCUAGACUCAGAAAAAUUCAUGCCAGAAAGGUUUUUGGAAGUCAAGAUUGACUAUAAAGGUCAAGAUUAUGAGUUCAUUCCUUUUGGUGCUGGGAGGAGGAUAUGUCCGGGAUUGAAUAUUGCUCAUAGAAUGUUGCAUAUAAUGUUAGGGUCUUUGAUUCAUAAGUUUGAGUGGAAACUUGAAGGAAAUGUAAGAGUAGAAGAUAUGGAUAUGGAGGAAAAGUUUGGGCUCACAUUGCCAAGAAAAAUACCACUCGUGGCUAUUCCAAUCAAACUUUGA